AUGAGAAUCUGCGUAUUUCAAUCGUGCUUCCAGGAGCUUCAGGCCUCUGUUGGCGAGCAGGAGCUAUGCAUGAAUCCUGGCGCAUUCGUCACUCAGCAUACAGUAGUCCACAAAACCAUUCACAAAACGACAGCCAAGCAACAAAUUGAUGGGGCAGUCCAAGAGGGAUACGACUUUUACUUGAAUUUUAUGUGGGGGACACACGAUGAUUCACUAGCCGGUAUAGAUGCCAUCCGAUACUUCGAGUCACUCAAUCUGCCAUCUGCUGGCGUCCAAAGCUCGGAGAGAGAAGAAUCAAAAUGGGACUUCUUUGCCGAAGCAAAAAGGGCUGGCAGUCCACUUGUGCCUGGAACUUCUCAAUACCCUCUUUUUAUCAAGCCUGCGUCUAGCUAUGGAAGUAUGUUCAUCGACGAGCAUUCCCUUUGUCGCAAUGAGAUCGCGCUGGAACAUUGCAUCCAGCGCUUGAAUAAGUUGAUGCGCCCUGUACGGAUUCAAAGAGCUCUAGCACUGGGUCAGCCCGAUCCAGAUAAGUAUGCCGAUGCUCAUGAAAAAGCAGGACGCGACAGUACAGACCUCGUUGUUCAAGAGUUCAUUGGCGGAGAGGAGUACUCUGUUGUAGUAGUCGCAAUGGGUGAAAGUCCAUUUCCACUGAUACCACAACGCGCGAAAUACAAGCAAGUCUCCGAUGAACGGUUCUUGACACUAGAUCUGAAGUUUGAUUCUGAUUCUGGCUAUGAGCUUCUUGAUGAAGAUGAAGAUCCAGUCCUCUGGAGACAUCUGCAGGAGACCGCAGUGGAAGCAUUUACCACCAAGAAAAUGUAUACCAAUCACAUGGGCUGUGAUGUGGAUAUGCGAAUAGGACAAGAUGGGAGAGCCUAUGUCAUCGAAGUUGAUCCUCUUCCGGUGUUUUUCUAUCCCACAGGCUUUCAGCUCGAGGAUAUUGAUGUCAAGUGUGGAUUUCCUGGUCGAUACAGGGCGGUGGUUAAUACCUACAUUACCAAUUAUUUCCUAAGAAACGCCGGCGAACGAGACCUCCAGAUCGCCGAAUUGGCAGCGCUAUUUGAUGGCCUAGCUAGGGAGCCGCAUCUUACAACUGCGAUCACAGAAUUAGGGCCUUUUGAAGGUACGGCGGUCGACCUCGGAUGUGGAAGUGGAGCUGUAGGGAACUCGCUACUUCAAAACCCUGAUAACCACAUCACCAGUCUGGUUGGAGUUGACAUAUCAUCAGAAAUGUUAAAAACCUGUGGCCAACAUGGUAAAUACACCGAGCUGGUCCAUAACAGAAUGGAAUCGUUCCUUGCCCUGCGGACGGAAAUGGUGGAUCAUAUAUUCUGCAUUUCUGCGCUGGAAUUUCUCUCUAUGGAGGAACUCGAUUUCGUUCUUGCACGAUGUUUUCAGCUUGCCAGACGCUCUGUCAUCUUGAAUAUUUCACAUGAUGAUGAGCUUUUAGACUGCUUCAAGAAAUAUGUGACUAAUCAUACUAAAAGUAUUGAAACAUUCGAGAUCGUGGGUGACUGGCGUAUGCGUCAAUACAAUAACACAUCAGCCUGUACAGGAAGUCAAUUAGCUUUCAAGUUUUCACGUUAA